ACGUUUUCCAAAAUGUGCAGACUACCAAAGACCGUUUAUGCAAGGAUAAUAAAUAUAUUAAUUGUAAGACUUAUUUCUUACCAAAAAUCUCUGAAGGUAGAUUUAUACAAAUUUUCGAACACUGCAUUUCGGUAGCACUAAGGAAAUCGAAAACGAAAAUAGUCGAUUAAUCUCUUCACAAUUAGUUUUCCGUGUACCUAUCCCUAAGUAUUUGUUAUAUCAAGUUUAAAAGUUUUGAUGUAUUUUGCCAUUUUUCAAAUAUCUGUUACUUAUCAUUGAAGAAUUAAAAUUCUGCCAAUGGAAUCAUCACGAAACAUGUGUCGAGUUUGUUUGAGAGUGGAAAAUUCAGUACCCCUUUUGAAUUGGCAUCUUCCAGUAGAAGAUAUAAACGAAAGUUUGUCAUAUGCAGACUGUUUUCAGCAAUGCACUCAGCUUAAUUUAGUUUUAAAAGGAGGAGAUGAGGAUAAUGAUAAGGCAAUAAGAAUAUAUGAGCAUUUCUGUUAUAGCUGUGCUGCAAAACUCAAAGAAGCUUAUGUGUUUAUUAGAAAGGCUAGAGAGACGGACACUACACUGCGUAUGAAUUACUGGACGUUUUUUUCGGAAAAUGAUAAGAAGUAUUUUGAAUGGGUUGGGGUUGGGAAGGAAUCUACACCAAUUGAUAUCAAAGAAAGAGAAAUUGAUGAGGAACCAUUAACUCUGGUAAGCAACGCUUUCCUCGAUGAAAAUUCAAACUCAAAGGAGUGUUUAUUAAAAGUUACUAAAGGAAGCUCGUGUGCUUCUGAAAUAUUAAAUUCGGCCAAGCCAAUUGCGUCAAACACAUCUGAAAGAUCUCCUCGCGCCAGCCAGCAUAAAACUAGAAAAAAAGCGGUAGAAGUUGAAAAAAAUGAUGAAGUCGACAUUUGCAAAACCUGCGGGAAGUCAAUAUCGAAAAGGCAGCUUUCAAGUCAUUCUUGCAACCGAAGUAUAGAAUCGUUUCUCUGCAAGUCGUGUCCUCGUACGUUCAGACAUCGCAGCACUUUAACGCAACAUGAACUCAUUCAUGAAAAUAACAGAGAACGAAAAUUUGCUUGUGGAGUAUGUGGACGGAAAUUUUAUACACAAAUGGCACGAAGAAAUCAUUUGAAAACACACGACCCCAGUCGAAAACCUCGAUUCCACUGCAAUGACUGUGGUCAAUCAUUUUUAUUUAAGGGCAAUCUUCUUGUACACCAACAAAAACAUGCUGGUCAAACGAUUCAAUGCAAAUAUUGUCAAAAGCGUUACGUUCGCUCCGUGGAUCUCGAAGUGCACCUACGAAGCCACACUGGUGACACCCCAUUUAAAUGUGAUAAGUGCGAAAAGGCUUUCACUAAAAGAUCUACACUGCGAAAGCAUUUACAAUUGCAUGAAGGCAUUCAAUGGAAGUGUGAGGAUUGUGGGAAGGAAUAUUUAUAUGAAUGGACUCUACAAAGACAUCGUUUAGAACACACAGGUUUACCCUUACGAUGUUCAAUUUGCGGAAAAGAAUUUCCUGAAAUGUACAAGAUUCGUCGACAUAUCAAGUGUGUUCACAAGGUUGACUUAUCCGAAAUUGAAAGUUUCGUUGUGAGGCUUAAGGAAAGUAGGAAACGUGGAAAUAUAUCAUAUAAUUUUUCUGAGACAGAGGAGGAAGCAACUAUAAAUAAAUAAUUUAUUUGUGGAAUAA